AUGAAGAACAAGACAGAAGUGACUGAAUUCAUUCUGCUAGGACUAACUGAUGCUCCAGAACUGCAGGUUCCUCUCUUCAUAUUGUUCACCCUCAUCUACCUCAUCACUUUGAUUGGGAACCUGGGAAUGAUCACAUUGAUUCUGUUGGAUUCUCGUCUCUAUACUCCCAUGUACUUUUUCCUCAGUAACCUGUCUCUGGUGGACUUUUUUUACUCGACAGCUGUCACUCCCUCUGUCAUGUCUGGAUUUCUUAUUAGAGACAAGGUCAUCUCUUACAACGCAUGUGCUGCUCAAACAUUCUUUUUUUCAGCAUUUGCCACUGUGGAAAACUACCUCUUGGCUUCAAUGGCCUUUGACCGCUUUGUGGCAGUGUGCAGACCCCUACAUUACACCACCACCAUGACGACAUGUGUUUGCGCUUGUCUUGCAACAGGCUCUUAUAUCUGUGGUUUUGUGAAUGCCUCUAUCCACAUUGGGGAUACAUUCAGUCUCUCUUUCUGCAAGUCCAAUGUGGUCCAUCACUUUUUCUGUGACAUUCCAGCAGUCAUGGUUCUCUCUUGCUCUGAUAGAAGUGUAAGUGAGCUGGUUCUUGUUUCUGUGGUCAGCUUCAAUAUAUUUUUUGCUCUCCUGAUUAUCUUGACAUCCUACACAUUUAUAUUCAUCACUAUUUUAAAGAUGCGCUCAUCAGCCGGGUAUCAGAAGGCUCUAUCCACCUGUGGUUCCCACUUUGUUGCAGUUUCUAUCUUCUAUGGGACAAUUAUAUUCAUGUAUUUGCAGCCAAGUUCCAGCCAUUCCAUGGACACAGACAAAAUGGCAUCUGUGUUCUAUACCAUGAUCAUUCCCAUGUUGAACCCUAUAGUCUACAGUCUGAGGAAUAAAGAGGUUAAGAGUGCAUUUAUGAAAGUUGUUUCAGAAGCCAAGAUGUUUUUAGGGUUGUAA